AUGGCACUUACCUCGUUCCAUAGUCCACAAUUUGCUGUGGCAGGGCAGGUGGCAGGGUAUAGCCCCUCCAAUCAGCUUAACCCCGCCGCGAAGUAUUCCCUCACAGCACCUAACUUCUCUUUGCUGUGGGAGGGUAUGUCCCCUCCAAGCAGCCGAGCUUCACCGCGAGGUAUUCAAGCUGACCCGUCAAAUGUGCAAAUUAAAGAAGGAAAGUGCACAGCUCAGUUGAAUGGUGUUCUUUGUGAGUGUAUUCAGUGUAAAAGUGACUUUGGAACGUUUGUCAUGCCAAAUACUAUUCAAAUUAAAGAAGGAAAGUGCACAGCUCAGUUGAAUGGUGUUCUGUGUGAGUGUGUUCAGUGUAAAAGUGACUUUGGAACGUUUGUCAUGCCAAAUAGUAUUCAAAUUAAAGAAGGAAAGUGCACAGCUCAGUUGAAUGGUGUUCUUUGUGAGUGUAUUCAGUGUAAAAGUGACUUUGGAACGUUUGUCAUGCCAAAUACUAUUCAAAUUAAGGAAGGAAACUGCACAGCUCAGUUGAAUGGUGUUCUUUGUGAGUGUAUUCAGUGUAAAAGUGACUUUGGAACGUUUGUCAUGCCAAAUACUAUUCAAAUUAAAGAAGGAAAGUGCACAGCUCAGUUGAAUGGUGUUCUGUGUGAGUGUGUUCAGUGUAAAAGUGACUUUGGAACGUUUGUCAUGCCAAAUAGUAUUCAAAUUAAAGAAGGAAAGUGCACAGCUCAGUUGAAUGGUGUUCUUUGUGAGUGUGUUCAGUGUAAAAGUGACUUUGGAACGUUUGUCAUGCCAAAUACUAUUCAAAUUAAAGAAGGAAACUGCACAGCUCAGUUGAAUGGUGUUCUUUGUGAGUGUAUUCAGUGUAAAAGUGACUUUGGAACGUUUGUCAUGCCAAAUACUGUAAAAGAUAAUGGGGGUUCCCUAAAAGAAUAUUUUAAAUGUGCUCUCUGUGACCGCAGGUACAUAGACAAAAGGCAUUUGAGAAAACAUCAUCGAACUACACAUGCUAAUACCAAUAAGUACCAGUGUACAACUUGUGCCAAAUCAUUUUGCAAUUACACUGCAUUGCAGUCUCAUAUUUCUCACAUACAUUUGGGAUGUUUAAAAAAAGAGAUUUGUAAGAUAUGUAACAAAGGUUUGGUUUCAAAAAGUUCGCUCAAGAACCAUAUUCGUAAUGUGCAUUAUCAAUUGAACAAAAAUCUCUCUUUUACAUGUAAACUUUGUAAUAAGUCAUUUGCUGAGAAAAAAAAUCUUACACGACAUACUUAUCAGGUACAUGUGGAUACAAAGGAAUACCAAUGUGCAGAAUGUAACAGUGAUUUUGUGUGUAAAGAGAGUUUAGUGCGGCACAUAAAAAAACACCAUUUGCCUCAGGAGAAAUAUAAAUGUGCAAAUUGUGGUAGAAUCUUUACUGUUAAAGAUACUUUGUUGGAACAUUUAAAAAACGAUCACUUAUGUACGGUUCACAGCUGUGAAAUAUGUGGGAAAAUGUUCAAAACAAAACAAACAUUAAUAUUACAUUUCUUGACACAUUCUGAUGAUAAACCGUACAUUUGUCAUACUUGUGGCAAAGCAUUUAAAAGAGAGGGUAAUUUACAGCAGCAUGAGUAUACACACAGAGAUAACAGACCUCAUGAGUGCAACAUUUGUGGAAAGACAUUCAAACUAAGAACCCAUGUCAAACAACACAUGGCUGUCCAUGGAAUCACCAGGAAUCACAAGUGUGUUGUCUGUGAGAAGACUUUUGCCAGGAAAACUCAACUGAACACUCAUAUGUCAACUCAUGGAUUGUAAUGUAACAUCCACUUCCAUAGCUUUUUUCUAAAAUAAUAUAUUUUUUUGUGUUUAUGAAUCUUACUAAUAUUAUAAAUGUGAAUGUUUGUGUGUUUGUUUGUUUGUUUGUUUGAAGUUCAAUCACGCAUUAACUACUGGACGGAUUGGGUUGAAAUUUGGC